AUGAAUAAGCAGACGCUGGUGCUUAGGAAUCAAGUGGAUCAGGUAUUCGCUGAGCGGGAUAUCCUCACUAUGGCCGACAACCCAUUUGUUGUGUCAUUCUAUGGAUCAUUCGAAACCCGGCAUCAUCUCUGCAUGUUGAUGGAAUAUGUGGAAGGUGGAGAUUGUGCAGCGUUGUUGAAGAGCGCUGGAACGUUGCCAAUCGACUUAGCCAGGUUAUACGUGGCAGAAACUGUACUAGCGAUUGAAUAUCUGCAUUCCUACGGAAUUGUGCAUAGGGAUCUGAAGCCUGAUAAUUUACUGAUCACAGCGAUGGGCCAUAUAAAAUUGACGGAUUUUGGAUUGUCGAAAAUUGGACUAAUGAACCGAACAACCUUGGUGGCGGAAGGCUUCGAAAAUGCG